AAUGAAAUACAGACUCACUCUCACAAGAUAGGAUCGGGAAACCAAACUUAAUAAAGGCAACUCAGAAACUUCAACUGGUCCAAAAAGCAGCAGCCAGAUGACAGGUUGUGGUUCCUUUUAGAGCUCAUGUAACCCCUGUUUUCAGUUUGUUUCCAGGCCUGAUUCAAAGGCGCUCACACUAGUGUUUAAAGCCCUAGACAACUUAGUUGCCAAGUAUUCCCUACAAACUUUCUUCUUCCCUAUAGAGCCUCUUGGGUGUUAAGAUUGACCAGAGUAGUAGUGGGUAGUUUCAUCACCCUCAGAGGUUCUGGAGAUGGUAGCCUGGGCAAUUAUAUUCUCUGGCAGCUCCUAGGUUGUAGAAUUCCCACAGAGUUGCAUCGGACACCUUCAUUACAUAGUUUUUGGUGUAUUCUGAAGACUCACAUCUUUACUCUAACCUUUACCCUAACACCUGAGAUAAAUGUUUUCAGAACCCAUCCUGUUCCCGCGACGCUCAUUUGCUUUAAUUGUUUUUAAUAUGGGAUUUUAAAUUAUUAUAAGCUGCCUUGGGACUUGCUGGUGAAGGGCGGGUAAUAAAUUGAAUAAUAAUAAAAUAAUUAUAAUAAUAAUAUAGGGGUUGUCCCUUGCAAGGCUGGCCUUCAUUUACUGGGUUGCCUGCAGGACAUGCACUGAGCACCACGACAAUGUCUUUCUUAUGAUCCUCAUGCUCUGUUUGACAUGCAUAAUCCUUCAACUCCCAAAAGGGGUCUGAAUAUCACAGAUCAACCGGCUUCGAGUGCUCAUCAUUUGUAUGAUCCUCAGGCUCAGCCCUAGUUCCCCAAAGAUCAUAAAACUACACAUCUUGACAAUAUGAUCUACAAAACACCUAAGCCAAUAUCAGUGGUGCAUACUGUGUUUCCCAAGCUCUGUUUAUGUGUGAGUGUUGCUCAUUCCUUCUAGUUAUGCAUGUUUUUAGACAUAAGUUCCAUUUUGGUUACUGCCAAGUAUAGGAUAAUUGUGUUGUUGUUAUGAGUGAAAGGAGCAAGCAGAUUCCGGUACUAAUUCUUCAUAUUUCUGAGUGUAGAGUUACAGUUAGGAUUAUCUGGCCAGUGCCUUUUUACAGCAUAAACUGCAUUGUCCAACCAAUGGCAUUCAUGUUAUUGUUUUUAUUCUACAUGGCAAUUAUCCCCAUGUAAGCAAUGUGCGUAGAGCAGACCUUUGAUUACUGAAAUAAAUCUCAGUUACAUGGCCCUGGUUGUGCAAUUCACUGGGUUACUAAGGUGAUAUUUACUUGUAUAGAAGGAGUGUUCACAUCAAAGCGUGAUGUUAGCCAACGUUUGAAUCCUUUCAUUUUGUUUUCAGAUUAGCUAGAAACAAAAUCUUCUGUCCUCCCAAGUAGUCUCAUUUUUAAACGCAGCAAUGUUUUUGACAUGGAAAUGCAUAUGAAAUGAGUUGAAUGUUACCUCCGAGAGACCAAUAUCCUCUGUUAAAUUAUAUUUGUGCGAUUUUUUAAAAAAAAUGAUCCGGAAUUCGCUGUGAACGAGGCUAAACAGGAACUAUGCCAUCCAGCCAUAUCAGACCUCCCACAUCAGAGCUUUUAGAGCUUCACGUUUUUUACGUUCCGGAAGAUGUGUGGAAUUUCAAGUUGAAUACAGUUCCUGUAGAUGUUGCCAGCAAAUUUUUUUCGGCAGGAUUUAUAAGGGUAUCACCUUAUAUGACAUUGAGAACAUUAAGAGAGCAGCUUGGAGACUACCUGGGUGAAGAUGCAGUUGUGGAUAAGUAUAUCUUCCUAAAAUGUAUAGGGAAGAAACUUGCAGUGGUGAAAGCAAAGCAAGAAACAGAACUGAAGCUCAAAUCGUUUGCUCCUCCCUAUGCAUUUCAUCCAGAACUUUAUUUGUUGCCUGGAGUAGAAAGUAUUUAUUCAUCUUCAUCGUCAACUCCAGAAAGACAUCACAGUAAUGCAGACUAUAUACGUGCAUAUACAUCAUAUCAUAGACCACCUGACGUAUCAGCUCCAGAUCAUGAAGCUGGUCAGAACCCCAAUGUUUUGGAGAGUUCCUUGAAACAUCAUCUCAGCCCAACUCAGGAUAAAAAUAAUUUAAUAGGAUGGGACGAAACUGAAAAAGGAAGUGCUCAAGAUCGCCCGGCAGCACAGAUCUCUAAGCAAGAACAGAACGAAAGGAUUAAAGAGAAAUAUAAUUCACAAAGAAGGGAAGGAGAAAUUAGUUGUAACAGAGAGCUAAAUGAAUCCAUUAAAUCUCCCUAUACAUUCCAAGAUAAAAUUUCUGCGAGACAAAACCCCGUAAGGAAAUCCACAUCAGUGAAAAUUCCUCAGCGAAAGUCUUUCAGCCAAGCUCAAGAACGACAGCAAAAUACUCCUAGAAAGGUCAAGAAACACAAAGAUUCUGUUGCACCUUUGCGUAUGAAUCAGAACCGCGAGCAAGAGGGAAACAACCAGAUUCAAGUCAAUCACAUCACACAGAAGAUAAAAGAAGAAGCUCCUAUUGCGCUGGAUGCAAAUACAGAAAACGAAGGUAACCUGACAGGAAUUGGAAUGGGAAGACACACCACAGGGGAUUCUGGAAUCCCAGAAUCUUUGGAGGAGAGAGACAUGGACUAUUCACACAGAAUGAGGAGCCAGCAGCACCCUGGAAUUGCCAAGUCUGUUGCUGACACUGGUAGCGUGCAAGAUAGCCAGACUGAUGAAAAUAACCUAAAUGACUUUGCACAUCUGAGCCAGUAUAUUUCGCCUCCUACUCCACCUCUUCUGGCUCUGUCUGUAAACAGAGCUGAAGUUCCCAGCAGAAUCUUUCCAACAGACGGUAGUGAGUUGAUCAGACAGCUGCAACACAUCAAGGCAGAACGAAAGCACCUGGAGAGGGCUAGAGAAGAGCUGGUUAAAAAAGUGAGGAGCUUACUGGAACAGAACAAACUCAGGAGAUACCAGGCUCGUGAUUCCUGGAAAAAGAAAUAUUUUGAGGCUAAAAAAGUCACAGCUUCCUUGGAGGAAGUUUCAAAUAAACUGCGGGAAGAUUUAGAACUUCACUACCAGAAAUUGUUGAUGCAGCUAGAAGCUAGGGAUAUAAGGAAAAAACGAAAUAAUUUGACACAAGUUGCUAAUUCAAAGAAUAAUACAAUAAUCCAGAUCACCACUCUGCAGCAUGAAAUUGAACAACUAAGGAGAAAGGUUGAUAAUGCAAAAAUGAAGCUUGUCAUAGAAAUUAAGAUGAGGAAGCAGGCAGCUUCUGAUUUGCGAGCACUGAAGGCAGAACUGGCACACAAGAAAGUUCAGUCUUCUUUAAGACUCCACCCUGAAGGACAAGUCUAUUAGCUGGCUCCCGUUCAUGAGAUUCUUAUUUGCAUAUUUGUAUAGCUACUCCCAGAACCUAUUUCUUCCAGCUUUAAAUUUGUUCAGCUAUAGGAGAGAUGUUGUAUGUGUUGAAAAUGAAUGUUGAACAACAGUAA